AGGCCUAAACGAAAAAUUCAAACGAGACAAAUUGCACAUCGAUGUUCCUUUCUCUCCGACUAGUUAUAUUCCCGGCUAAUUUAAACACAAAUUCUCAGCGGCUUGCUAAAGCAAAGGCAAUCUAAGAGAGAUGUUUCUUUAUUCCUGACUUACUUGAAAUGUCCCGUUGAUUCUAUCCGAUGUGAACGCGUUGCAAAAUCUGUCGAGUAACGUCGAGUCGAAAGAAAUAAUUGCUAGAUGGAAGUUCCCUCCCUGUCUUCGAAACGUUGUGUACGUGAAGAAGAGAAAGAGAAGAAAAAAAAAGUAUGUAUAUUACAAAAAUUGAUAGAAAUUAAGAAACAGCAUCAUUCAACAACGUUGUCGAAAAUAUUCCUAUCUUCGAGUAAUUCUCAACGUAAAAGUAAGGAGUUUUAAGGUCAGAAGAUUUUCUUGUCCUUAGGUUGUGUUUUCCUCUCAAGAUGGCUAAAAGCCACAAUCAAAAGCGGCAAUCGUGCAAAAGUUUUGUUUUCAUCAUAAAGAUACGUUUGUGACUAUCAUGAAUCUGAUCCUGACAAUUGCAACCGAUAACAAUAAUAACGUACAACUGCUUUCCGCGAGUAUUAAAGCGCGGGAGUGAAAAUCUUUCUUACAAUGUCGCGCAUGAGAGCUGCUCUAACCUACGCACGUGGUGACACUUGACGAUCUUCGAGAGUGUACAGUCGUAUGCUGGAAAAUGUCGCGUGAAAGACCGUGUCGAACUUGCACGGACUUUAGAACGUGGGCGAAACAACAGAAGGAGACUUAUGAGAAGGAGGUGCAAAAAAGUCAAGAUCAGGCAUCGGUCAGUGUCGUUCGGGAAAAUUGUCCUCUGGACAAGGAUGAGUUAGGCUCAAAGACUUGGGCUUUCUUGCAUACUAUGGCUGCGUACUAUCCCGCUCAACCCAACAACAAACAGAUGGAUGACAUGAAGAACUUUUUCUAUACAUUUUCUAAAUUCUAUCCUUGCCACACAUGUGCCGAGGAUCUACAAGAGCAAUUGAAAUAUUCACCACCAGAGACCAGGUCCCAAGAAGAACUGAGUCAGUGGCUUUGCCGCCUUCAUAAUAUAGUGAACAAGAAGCUCAUGAAGCCAGAAUUUGAUUGUAAGCUAGUGAAUCAAAGAUGGAGAGACGGUUGGCUCGACGGCUCCUGCGACUGAUGUCAAAUGGCAUUAAUAAUUGUAAAGUAUGUGAAAUGGGACUUGAAUAGAAUACACGCAUAUUGUUAUAUAGAUAA